ACAUGCUCCCUGAUGUUUACGGCAGCAUUAUCUGCAGUAGCCAAGGUAUGGAAGCCGCCCAAGUGUCCAUCGAAGAGGCAGAGGAUGUGAGUGAAGAAGCCCCUAUGAGGGACCGCUCCCACAUCGAGAAAACUCUGAUGCUGAAUGAGGACAAGCCAGUGGAUGAUUACUCUGUGGUGCUGCAGCGGCUUCGAAAGAUCUACCACUCAUCCAUCAAGCCCCUGGAGCAGUCUUACAAAUACAAUGAGCUUCGGCAGCACGAGAUCACAGAUGGGGAGAUUACUUCCAAGCCCAUGGUGCUGUUCCUCGGACCGUGGAGCGUUGGCAAAUCCACUAUGAUAAACUACCUCCUCGGGUUGGAAGACACUCGCUACCAGCUCUAUACAGGUGCUGAGCCCACCACCUCGGAGUUCACCGUCCUCAUGCACGGACCCAAGCUGAAAACCAUUGAGGGUAUCGUCAUGGCUGCUGACAGCACUCGGUCCUUCUCACCCCUCGAGAAAUUUGGCCAGAAUUUCCUAGAGAAGCUGAUUGGCAUCGAGGUUCCCCACAAACUUCUGGAGCGAGUCACUUUCGUGGAUACACCAGGCAUCAUCGAGAACCGCAAGCAGCAAGAAAGAGGUUACCCCUUCAAUGAUGUGUGCCAGUGGUUCAUCGACAGAGCGGACCUCAUCUUUGUUGUCUUUGACCCAACCAAGUUGGACGUGGGUCUGGAGCUGGAGAUGCUCUUCCGCCAGCUGAAGGGACGAGAGUCCCAGAUAAGGAUCAUCCUGAACAAGGCCGACAACCUGGCAACGCAGAUGCUCAUGCGGGUCUAUGGGGCCCUUUUCUGGAGCUUGGCCCCGCUCAUCAACGUCACAGAGCCCCCGAGGGUUUAUGUCAGCUCCUUCUGGCCACAAGACUACAAGCCCGAUACCCACCGGGACCUGUUUCUCAAGGAAGAGAUCUCUCUCCUGGAAGACCUGAACCAGGUGAUCGAGAACAGGUUGGAGAACAAGAUCGCCUUCAUCCGCCAGCAUGCCAUCCGGGUCCGCAUUCACGCCCUCCUGGUCGACCGCUAUCUGCAGACUUACAAGGACAAAAUGACCUUCUUCAGUGAUGGAGAGCUGGUCUUUAAGGACAUUGUGGAAGACCCCGACAAAUUCUACAUCUUCAAGACCAUCCUGGCAAAGACCAACGUCAGCAAGUUUGACCUUCCCAACCGCGAGGCCUACAAGGACUUCUUUGGCAUCAACCCCAUCUCCAGUUUCAAGCUGCUGUCUCAGCAGUGCUCCUAUAUGGGGGGCUGCUUCCUGGAGAAGAUUGAGCGGGCCAUCACGCAGGAGCUCCCCGGCCUCCUGGGAAGCCUCGGGCUAGGGAAGAAUCCAGGUGCUCUCAACUGUGACAAAACAGGGUGUGGCGAAACCCCAAAGAAUCGCUAUAAGAAACACUAGGUCGUUGUGUCGCCGUUCUGGGGUUCCUGUUAGUGGAUGAGCUUGUGUCCUGUCUGAGAAGUCCUGGUUUAUUAACCCUUUGAGCCACACUGGCAAGAAUCUUUACACACCGGAGAUUUGGGAGUUAAUUGAGGCCAGUGCUGGGGGAGGGUGCGGGUCAAGGGAGGCCAGAGGAAACUGUGAAUUAUAGUGUGCCUGUCUUGUUGCUUCAGUGGGGGGCCUGACUGAGGCAGGUCAGGCCCCGCCUGCUUUUCCUGGGUCCUAUCGCAAAGGGACAAAGAGCAGCUAAAUUCUAGCGUAUACUGAGCUUAUACUGAGGUGAUGAGCGUCCAGCUGAAAGCAGCUGAAAUUCCUUUUUCGCCCUCUAAGCUGGGAAAAUAGGGAAGACUUGAUUUCUGUAGGGCUGCUCAGGUCCUUUGUGGCUUCCUCCCACGCAGUCUCCUGCUGGUCCUCUAGCCCUCUCCUGCUCCUUGCUUGGGUUGGCUUCAACAGGGGACAGUCUCUUGGGUUGGAAUCCACCUGGGUUUUGAGCCUACCCCCAGGCCCUCCACCCUGCUUCCUCUGGGGGCGGGGGAACGGUUUAGGAUACCAGAAUGCUAAGAGAGAACAGGAGUCCCCCAGGCUAGGAGACGGAGCUGCCUCCCCCCUGCCAUUUCUCCGAUGUAGUCUUCUAAGCCGGCUGGGAAGCUCGGUCCCUUUCUUGGCCCCAAGAGGAGGCUAGUGUUCCAUGCAUUCAGGUAAUUGACUUCUUGGAAGUGACUUCAGUGAAACUACCAGAAGGGCUCAGAGGGUUAAUUGGUUUGCAGUGUGUCUUUGUCUAUUGCAUGUCUUGGAAAACAGACCCCAAAGGCUUUGGGUUUCAGAGGGGACGAUGGAAACCUUGCUCCUUUUCAUGAGGGUCUUCUCUGGGCAGCCCAUCUACUCUGGAUGAGGAGGCAGCAGUUUCCACACCUUCUCUGCAGAGACGCUCUGCGGAAGGGUCAUCCCCUCCUGGUUUUCAUGCCAUGGCUUCCCUUUUCUUCUCCAUUCCCUGAUGUGCCAACACUCAAAACUCAGAGUGAUUUCCCACGAGUCAGAACCAGUGCCAGCCACUCGGUGUGGGUGGCAACCAAGGCUUCACAUUCGGUUUUCCACCUGAACUUGAUACUGAUUUGCACCAAACAUACCACAGGGCAGCCAGGGCCUUCAAAUACGGACAAGUGUGAAUAUGCAUGUACUGCCUUGUCCAAGAGAGCUGAGGGAGACAGCAGAGGCCAA